CAUUGAACUCCCCUCUCUUCUCCCCACCCCCAACCUCUAUCAUACCCGUCACAAUGGCUGCUCGCAGCGCCGCUCUUAAGAUCGACUGGGCCAAGGUGUCGACCUCGCUCGGCCUCCGCGGUCAGACCGCCGCUUCCCUCCAAUCCUUCAAGAAGCGCAACGACGAGGCUCGCCGCAAGGUCCAGGUCCUGUCCGAGCAGCCCCAGACCAUUGACUUCAGCCACUACCGCGGUAUCCUGAAGAACCAGGCCAUCAUUGACGAGAUCGAGAACCACUUCAAGACCUUCAAGCCUGCUUCCUACGAUGUCAACCGCCAGCUGAAGGCCAUCGAUGCCUUCGAGGCCCAGGCUGUUCAGAACGCCGAGGCUACCAAGGGCAAGGUUGAGGCCGAGCUGAAGAACCUGCAGAAGACUCUCGAGAACAUCGAGACUGCUCGUCCCUUCGAGGACCUCACUGUCGACGAGGUUGCCGCCGCUCAGCCCGAGAUCGACGAGAAGACCGCUUCCCUCGUCUCCAAGGGCAAGUGGAUGCCCCCUGGCUACAAGGAGCGCUUCGGCGAUCUGUCCGCCGUCUAAGCGUGGACUCUUGUGGCCUCAAAUCUGCCUUUUUAUUCCUCGCUCUAUCACACUACGUGAUCAUUACUUUUGGAGCCA